CGGGCGGGGAGGAGCGGGCCCGGCCCCUCCAGCACACCCAGAUGACCAGCCUCAUCCCUGCGGGGAAACUUGGGCAGUUACGCCCACUCGCUGGGCCGGGAGCCGGCGCUGGCGGCCGCUUCCUCCUCCGCGGCGAGUUCCGAGCGAUGCGACGGCGGCCGGGAGCGGCGCGCGGGAGCCGGGCCCCUACUCAUGACGCUGCGAGUGGAUCUCAACUGACCCCGGCCCAGUGAUUAAGAGGUUUAAGAGCCAAGGACGAUGCCAGGUCUGGGGCACGUUCUUCCCGCGUCAGAGGAGUCCCCGAUGUCCACCUCCAGGCCCAGGUGCUGAUUGACGUCCAGCCCCUUUGCCCCGUGGCCAUUUCCACUCUCGGGACCUAAAUGCCCCACGGCUCUCAGGACCGGCUGGGCUGGGGACCACUGUUGCCUCUGCAGACCCUCACACCAUGGGAAACGCCGAAAGCCAGAAUGUAGAGCACGAGUUUUACGGUGAGAAGCACGCCAGCCUGGGGCGCAAGCACACCUCCCGCUCCCUGCGGCUGUCACACAAGGCACGGCGCAGCCGGCACGCCAGCUCGGGGAAGGCCAUCCACCGGCACUCGGAGGUCAGCACCCGCUCGAGCAGCACGCCCAGCAUCCCCCAGUCACUGGCCGAGAAUGGCCUGGAGCCCUUCUCGCCGGAGGGGCCCCUGGAGGACUUCGAGGGCCCCAUCUGGGUGGACCGGGUGGGGCUGGGCUUGAGACCCGUGUCCUACACGGACUCCUCCAUCGCCCCCCACGUGGACGGCAGCCUGGUGCUCACGGCCGCCUCCGUGCAGAGCAUGCCGGAGCCCGAGCAGAGCCGGGGGCUGUACGGCGGCGGGGGUGGGCGCUGCCUGGCAGCGGGAGGCAGGCAGCCGCGGCCCUACGCCACCUCCUCCUCCUCGGGCGGGCCCGUGUUCAUGGAGACGGCCAGCUUCAAGAAGAAGCGCUCCAAGUCGGCUGACAUCUGGCGGGAAGACAGCCUCGAGUUCUCCCUCUCGGAUCUGAGCCAAGAGCACUUCACCAGCAACGAGGAGAUCCUGGGCUCGGCCGAGGAGAAAGACGGCGAGGAGCCGGGGGGCAUGGGCACCCAGGCCAGCCCGCGCCCACGGGGCUCUUGCCAGCGCGCCAACUCCCUGGGCAACCUGUACCCACCGCAGAAGACCACAGCGGUGUCCGCGGCGGUGACAGCGGCAGGCGCGGCCAACGGGGGCCCCGGCGGCAAAUUUGCGGGCUAUGGCCGGAACCUGGUGUCGGAUAUUCCCGAUCUGGCGAGCCACAAGGUGCCAGCUGCCGCCACCGACGAGGGGCUUCCCUACAGCAACUACAACACGCUGCCCUGCCGGAAAUCUCACUGUCUCUCCGAGGGGGCCACCAACCCCCAGAUCAGCCACAGCAACAGCAUGCAAGGCAGGAGGGCCAAGACCACACAGGAUGUCAACGCGGGCGAGGGCAGCGAGUUCGCCGACAGCGGCAUCGAGGGCGCCGCCACCGACACGGACCUGCUGUCACGGCGCUCCAAUGCCACGACCGCGAGCUACUCGCCGCCCGCUGGGCGCGCCUUCGUGGGCAGUGACAGCGGCAGCAGCUCAGCUGGUGGCGACGCGGCCCGCCAGGGCGUGUACGAGAACUUCAGGCGGGAGCUGGAGCUGAGCACGACGCACAGUGAGAGCCUGGAGGACGCGGGCUCGGCACACAGUGAUGAGCAGAGCAGUGGCACGCUCAGCUCGCCUGGCCAGUCGGACCUCUUGCUCUCGGCCGCACAGGGCACCGUGCGCAAGGCGGGCGCGCUCGCCGUCAAGAACUUCCUCGUGCACAAGAAGAGCAAGAAGGUCGAGUCGGCCACGCGCCGCAAGUGGAAGCACUACUGGGUGUCCCUGAAAGGAUGCACGCUCUUCUUCUACGAAGGCGAUGGCCGGUCUGGGAUCGACCACAACAGCAUCCCCAAACACGCCGUCUGGGUGGAGAACAGCAUCGUGCAGGCCGUGCCUGAGCACCCCAAGAAGGAUUUCGUCUUCUGCCUCAGCAAUUCCCUGGGCGAUGCCUUCCUCUUCCAGACGACCAGCCAGACGGAGCUGGAAAACUGGAUCACCGCCGUGCACUCAGCCUGCGCUGCCGCCGUGGCCAGACACCACCACAAGGAAGACACCCUUCGCCUCCUGCGGUCAGAGAUCAAGAAACUGGAGCAGAAGAUCGACAUGGAUGAGAAGAUGAAGAAGAUGGGCGAAAUGCAGCUGUCUUCCGUCACUGAUUCCAAGAAGAAGAAAACGAUAUUAGACCAGGUCUUCGUCUGGGAGCAGAACCUCGAACAGUUCCAAAUGGACCUCUUCCGUUACCGCUGCUAUUUAGCUAGCCUUCAGGGUGGGGAGCUGCCGAACCCCAAAAGGCUACUUGCCUUCGCCAGCCGGCCAACGAAGGUGGCCAUGGGCCGCCUGGGCAUCUUCUCUGUCUCGUCUUUCCAUGCCCUGGUGGCAGCACGCACAGGAGAGACCGGAGUGAGGCGGCGAACUCAGGCCAUGUCCCGGUCUGCCAGCAAGCGGAGGAGCAGGUUUUCCUCCCUCUGGGGGCUGGACACCACGUCUAAGAAGAAGCAGGGUCGCCCCAGCAUCAAUCAGGUGUUCGGGGAGGGCACGGACGCUGUCAAGAAAUCUUUAGAGGGGAUAUUCGAUGACACCGUUCCAGAUGGCAAGAGGGACAAAGACCUGGUCUUACCCAGCGUCCACCAGCACAAUCCUGACUGUGACAUUUGGGUCCACGAGUAUUUCACACCCUCCUGGUUCUGUCUGCCGAAUAACCAGCCAGUCCUGACGGUGGUCCGGCCGGGGGACACUGCCCGUGACACUCUGGAGAUGAUCUGCAAGAUGCAUCACCUGGACCAUUCUGCUCAUUACCUGCGUCUGAAAUUUCUGAUCGAGAACAAAAUGCAGCACUAUGUCCCCAAGCCCGAGGAGGACAUCUAUGAGCUGCUGUACAAAGAAAUUGAAAUUUGUCCAAAAGUCACUCAGAACAUCCAGAUUGAGAAGUCAGACGCUGCCGGUGAUAAUUAUGGGUUCUCGCUGUCUUCUGUGGAGGAGGACGGGGUGCGCAGACUGUACGUGAACAGCGUCAAGGAAACGGGUUUAGCGUCUAAGAAAGGCCUGAAGGCGGGCGAUGAGAUUCUCGAGAUCAAUAACCGGCCCGCCGGCAGCCUCAACUCGUCGGCGCUCAAAGACUGCCUCUCACAGCCAGCGCUGGGCCUCCUGGUGAGGACCUACCCCCCGCCCGAGGGGGCAGCGGCUCUUCUGGACAGCCCGCCCCACCGCGUGGACAGCACCACAGACCCGGGCGACAGUCCCCUGGCCCUGCUGGCCAGCAACCCAGGACACAGCGUGGGCAGUGAGCCGAGCAGCAGUGCCGAAACCCCCCCAGAGGAGAGCGAAGGGCCGGACCUGGAAUCCUCUGAUGAGACGGAUCACAGCAGCAAGAGCACGGAACAGGUGUCGGCCUUCUGCCGGAGCCUGCAUGAGAUGAGCUCCUCGGACACCAGCCCAUCCCCGCAGGACCCCAGCGGCCCGCAGCUGGCCACCAUGCGGCAGCUCACAGACGCCGACAAGCUGCGCAAGGUCAUCUGCGAGCUGCUGGAGACGGAGCGGACCUACGUGAAGGACUUGAACUGUCUCAUGGAGCGAUACCUGAAACCUCUUCAGAAGGAGACUUUUCUCACCCAAGAUGAGCUGGAUGUGCUCUUUGGAAAUCUCACCGAAAUGGUCGAGUUCCAAGUUGAAUUCCUGAAAACGCUCGAAGACGGCGUGAGGCUGGUCCCCGACUUGGAAAAGCUGGAGAAAGUCGACCAAUUCAAGAAAGUGCUGUUCUCCCUGGGAGGCUCAUUCCUCUACUAUGCCGACCGCUUCAAGCUCUAUAGUGCCUUCUGCGCCAGCCACACGAAGGUCCCCAAAGUUCUGGUGAAAGCCAAGACAGACCCAGCUUUCAAGGCCUUCCUGGACGCCCAGAACCCGAGGCAGCAGCACUCGGCCACGCUGGAGUCUUACCUCAUCAAGCCCAUCCAGAGAAUCCUCAAGUACCCGCUGCUGCUGAAGGAGCUGUUUGCUCUGACGGACGCUGAGAGCGAGGAGCACUAUCAUCUGGACGUGGCCAUCAAGACCAUGAACAAGGUCGCAAGUCAUAUCAAUGAAAUGCAGAAGAUUCACGAAGAGUUUGGAGCCGUGUUUGACCAGCUGAUUGCCGAGCAGACAGGGGAGAAAAAGGAGGUCGCGGAUCUGAGCAUGGGGGACCUGCUGCUACACACCACUGUGGUCUGGCCCAACCCCCCGGCCUCCCUGGGGAAGUGGAAAAAGGAGCCAGAGUUGGCGGCCUUCGUCUUCAAAACUGCUGUGGUCCUGGUGUACAAAGAUGGUUCCAAACAGAAGAAGAAACUCGUAGGAUCUCACCGACUCUCCAUCUAUGAGGACUGGGAUCCCUUCCGGUUCCGGCACAUGAUCCCUACCGAGGCUCUGCAGGUUCGAGCUUUGGCAAGUGCAGACGCAGAAGCCAACACCGUGUGUGAAAUUGUGCAUGUCAAAUCGGAGUCUGAAGGGAGGCCGGAGAGAGUCUUUCACCUGUGUUGCAGCUCUCCGGAGAGCCGAAAGGAAUUCCUGAAGGCCGUGCAUUCCAUCCUGCGUGAUAAGCACAGAAGACAGCUCCUCAAAACGGAAAGCCUUCCCUCGUCCCAGCAAUAUGUCCCCUUUGGAGGAAAGAGAUUGUGUGCGUUGAAAGGGGCCAGGCCGGCCAUGAGCAGGGCAGUGUCCGCCCCCAGCAAGUCCCUUGGGAGAAGGCGGCGGCGACUGGCCCGUAACAGGUUUACCAUUGACUCCGAUGCCAUCUCGGCCAGCAGCCCCGAGAAGGAGCCCCAGCAGCCCCCCGGCGGCGGCGGCAGCGGCAGCGGCGGGGACACUGACCGCUGGGUGGAGGAGCAGUUUGACCUCGCGCAGUACGAGGAGCAGGAGGACAUCAAGGAGACGGACAUCCUGAGCGACGACGAUGACUUCUGCGAGGCGGUGCGCGGCGAGGACCGGGAGCUGCAGGAGCGGCUGCAGGCAGCGUCCAUCGGCCAGCGGGAGCGCGGCCGCCGCACCCUGGACAGCCACGCGUCGCGCAUGACGCAGCUCAAGAAGCAGGCGGCGCUGUCGGGCCUCAACGGGGGCCCCGAGUCGCCGGGCGAGGAGGUCAUCUGGGUCCGGCGCGAGGACUUUGCCCCGUCCCGGAAACUCAACACGGAGAUCUGACAGUGUCCCCCGGGCCCCCCUAGCGCGUGCGCGUGUGGGCGUGUGGGCG